AUGUCCCGCCCAAAGCAGUGCAAAUCUCUGACGUUGGAGAGAAAAGUCGAGCUAAUCAAGGAAGUAGAAAAGGCAGGUCGAAGCAAGUCGUGCAUCGCCAAGGAAUUCGGCAUCCCUUUGUCAACCCUCUCGACAGUGCUCAAGAACAAACAAAAGGUUUUGGAAGGCUUCGAGCAAAGCUUCUCAAGCAAACGGAAGCGCGUUCGAGCGUCCAAAUUCCCGGACGUCGAAUCAGCACUUCUGUUGUGGCUCCAAAACGUUCGAGCAGCCAAUCUUCCCGUGACAACCCAAAUGAUGAUGGAAAAAGCAGACGCUUUGGCACUGCAGAUGGGUCACGCGGACUUCAGCUGCAGCAAUGGCUGGUUCGAGCGGUUUAAGAAGCGAAAUAACGUGUCAUCGAAGCCUAUCCACGGCGAAAGCGGCAUUGUCGACGAACAGGCUGCAGACGCAUGGCGCAACCUACGCCUCGCCGAGCUGCAAAAGGAGUACGCGGACAAGGACAUUUUUAACCUCGACGAAGCCGCUCUCUUUUACAAAAUGCUGCCUAACCGCACAUACACACCAAAAGGCGAAGCGUGCUCGGGCGCUAAGCAACGCAAAGACAGGAUAACCAUUCUUUUUGGUGCCAACGCUACCGGCGAUUAA